UCUUCCGCUCUAUAUUCUUUUUUCUUCUCUUCUUCUAGUAAGGCUGCUAGUGGUUGCAACACAUCUUCCACCAUGAUGGGCUGCGGGUCUCCUCCGAUAGAAGAUGAUGAGUAUGAGAAGCUGGUGAUUGGAAUGAACCCACCAAGGGUCGCUGUGGAUCACACUUCAAGCAAGAAAGCCACUUUGGUAAAGGUGGACAGUUUUAACAGCCAUGGGAGUUUGUUAGAAGUGGUGCAGGUUUUGACUGAUUUGAAGCUUACCAUCGAAAGGGCUUACAUUUCCUCUGAUGGAGAGUGGUUUAUGGAUGUGUUCCAUGUUGUGGACCAAGAUGGAAAUAAGCUUUCAGAUGUCAAAGUCAUCGAUCGCAUUAAACAGUCACUAGAAGCAAGAUCAUUCGGCUUUCGGUCUCUACAAAGGUCGGUAGGUGUCCAAGCUGCUGCAAAGCACACUUGUAUCGAACUGAUUGGCAGAAACCGGCCAGGGCUGCUCUCUGAGGUCUUUGCUGUCCUCACAGACCUCAAAUGCAAUAUUGUCGCUGCAGAGGUCUGGACCCAUAACUCAAGAAUGGCAUCAGUAGUUUACGUCACAGAUGAAGCAACUGGAGAUCCAGUGGAUGACCCUGAUCAGCUCACUAAGAUCAAACGGCUUCUUCGCUAUGUCCUGAAGGGAAGCAGAGAUAAACAAAGUGGCAGAACAGCUAUUUCUAUGGAUGUGAUGCAUACUGAGAGGAGGUUGCAUCAAAUGAUGCAUGCUGAUCAAGAAUGCAACACUGAUGAAAUGGGUGUGGAAGAGGAGAGCAAUGCAAGUAGUGCUAUGAACAAGCCAAUAGUUACAGUGGAGAAUUGCACAGAGAAGGGGUACACAGUUGUGAAUGUACGGAGCAAGGACCGCCCUAAGCUACUUUUCGACACUGUUUGUACUCUGACAGAUAUGCACUAUGUUGUGUUCCAUGCAACUGUCAUAGCUGAAGGACCAGAAGCCUAUCAGGAAUAUUUCAUCAGACACAUGGAUGGGAAUCCGGUUAGCUCAGAAGAAGAACGGCAGCGAUUAGCCCAUUGUUUGGAAGCUGCUAUUGCAAGGAGGACCAUGGAGGGCAUAAGGCUUGAGCUCUGCUGUGAAGAUAGGGUUGGCCUGUUAUCAGAUGUAACCCGUAUAUUUCGAGAAAAUGGGCUUUCAGUCAUCAGUGCAGAAGUUUCUACGAGGGGAUCUCAGGCUGUGAAUGUUUUCUAUGUCAUGGAUGCAUCAGGAAAUCCAGUUCAGAGACAAACAGUUGAGGCUGUAAGAAGUGAGAUUGGGCAAACAAUUCUUCAUGUCAAGGAUGACAUCGGCUUGAAAUCUCCACCGCAGGAUAGUGGAAGGUUCUCCUUUGGUAAUGUCUUCAGGUCUAGAUCAGAGAAGUUCCUCUAUAACUUGGGCCUGAUAAGAUCUUGCCCUUGAAGCCAACAUUGCAUUACAAACUGUAAUGGUGCUUAUAUUGUGUUUAGAUAUAACUUAGAAGUCCAGCUGAGCUUAUUGAUAGAGCUUCUAAGCAACAUCUGUUCAUCUCCACUUAGGCAUUAAAGUCCACUGGCCUCUGUACAAUUUAUGAGAGAAAUGAACUGUUGUUUGCUGUGAAUAGAAAGCAACUUUGCCUGUUCCUCUCCUCA